UGUUCACCGACGCAGAAGAAGGUCCACGAAAUCUGAAUUACAGCCUAGUCACUGUGCUGCUAUCAACAGUUGACUGGAAUCCACACGAGAUCUGUUCUGUGAGCAUUGUAUACUCAGAUUAUCAAACCAUACGAGUUGAUUUGUUCUCAAUCAAAGCAAUUAAGUAAAUCGUCGAAUUUAUCAUUUGUGUAGGAGUCUCUGACGCGAAUAAUCCACAUCAACUGCUGUAUAUAAUUGUGCAUCUGUCCAGUGUUCCAUCUAAACCGAUUUUAAAUGAACAGAUAAUGGCUUUGGCUCGGGGGUUUUUCCGUUUACAUGGCUAUUUGCGAUCCAUAUCGAAAACACAGGCUCCUUUGGUCUCCCGACUCAUACGGACCCAGAAUGAAGCGAGGUAUUGGCAGUGUACUGCUGCUCCACAGUCGACGAGUUGUCACUUGCAACUUCAGGAAGAAUGCCUUGAGCUCAUCUAUGGAGGACUUGUGAUGCACUUUGACUAUGUGUGGCUACGGGAUCAUUGCCGCUCUGCCUCCUGCUACAACAGCAAGACUAACCAGAGGAACCUAGAUACGUCACAUGUGGAGCUGAACAUAUAUCCCACCAACACCAGGGUGGAUGAUGAGAAUCUCUUCCUCACAUGGCCCGAUGGUCAUGUGACAAAUUACAACCUGAGUUGGCUGGCUCAGAACAGCUAUGAGGGACAGAAGCAGAGUGCCAUGCAGCCACGCAUCAUCUGGAACUCUGACAUCUAUGCCAAUGCCAAGGUGUCCCCUGCCAAUUGGGACAAGUUUAUGACGUGUGAUGAUGAACUGAAGAAGUUCCUCAGGAACUUUCUGCUGUAUGGCAUUGCUUUUGUGGAGGGUGUCCCACCAACUGUUGAGGCCACAGAGACUGUUACCCAGAGGGUCAGCCUCAUCAGGGAGACUAUGUAUGGCAAGAUGUGGAACUUCACUUCAGAUUUCUCCCGAGGAGACACUGCCUACACCAAACUGGCCCUGGACCGUCACACAGACACCUCAUACUUCCAGGAACCUUGUGGGAUCCAAGUGUUCCAUUGCCUUAAACACGAGGGAACGGGAGGAAGAACACUACUCGUGGAUGGAUUCUAUUCUGCAGACCAAGUACUCCAGAAGACACCUGACAACUUUGAGCUGCUAGCACGGGUGCCUAUCAAGCAUGAGUACAUUGAAAAUGUCAGCGACCACCGCAACCACAUGAUAGGCAUCGGCCCUGUGCUCAACGUGUAUCCCUGGAACAAUGAGGUGUACAUGAUCCGAUACAAUAACUAUGACCGUGCAGUCAUAAACACUAUCCCCCAUGACGUUGUCAAUCGAUGGUAUGUGGCUCACAGACAGCUGACCACAGAGCUGAGGAAGCCAGAGAAUGAGUUGUGGGUCAAACUGAAGCCUGGAAAGGUUCUCUUCAUUGAUAACUGGCGUGUCUUGCAUGGUCGGGAGUCCUUCACAGGCCUGCGGCAACUGUGUGGCUGCUACCUGACCAGAGACGACGCCUUGAACACUGCCCGCUCCCUGGGUCUGCAGGCCUGAGUGAAGAAGAGUCUCCAGCCAAAAGCUGCAGUAUUUUGGAGAUAAAGGCUGCAACCCUGCUUCUUCAGAAUAGCAUAUUAUUAAAUCAAAAACAAAAAAAAAUCACAGGUGCCGAAUAAAACAAGCCCUUAACCAACAAUGCAGUUCAAGAAAUAGAGUUAAGAAAAUAUUUACUAAAUAAAGUUUUAAAAAAAUAAUCAAAAAGUAACACAAGAUAUGUACAUAACAACAACGAGGCUAUAUACAGGGAGAACCGGUACCGGGUCAACGUGUGGGGGUACAGGUUAGUCGAGGUAAUUUUGUAAAGUGACUCUGCAUAGAUAAGUAACAGUGAGUAGCAGCAGUGUAAAAACAAAGGUGGGUGGGGGUCAAUGUAAAUAGUCUUGGUGGCCAUUUGAUUAAUUGUUCAGCAGUCUAUGGCUUGGGGUUAGAGGCUUUUAAGGAGCUUUUUGAUCCUAGACUUGGCGUUCCAGUAACGUUUGCCGUGUGGUAGCAUAGAGAACAGUCUAUGGGUGACUGGAGUCUUUUACUAUUUUUAAGUGUUUAAAGUGAAGAACAUAGACUGUGAUCUGCAUUAUGCAUGCAUAUGCUCUUGUUAGAACAACAAUCAUGUUUUGAACUGGAACUUAACUUAUUGAGAUGUUUAACAUAUUGGCUUUGUUUUAGGGAUUCAUUUCUAAUCUUAAAAUAUUAUAGUAUGUCUCAAUCACUACAAUUACCAGACAUUUGGGAUUCAUGUAUUUAUGAACUUUUGCCUUUUUCAAUACCCUUUUUCUUGAUUUGAUUGAAUAAUCAAACCUUAUCCCAGUCUGCUGUUCCCACAUGCUUCAAGAGGGCCACCAUUGUUCCUGUUCCCAAGAAAGCUAAGGUAACUGAGCUAAACGACUACCACCCCAUAGCACUCACUUCUGUUAUCAUGAAGUGCUUUGAGAUACUAGUCAAGGACCAUAUCACCUCCACCCUAGACCCACUCCAAUUUGCUUACCGCCCCAAAAGGUCCACAGACGGCGCAAUCACACUGCAUUAACCCAUCUGGAUAAGAUGAAUAUCUAUGUGAGAAUGCUGUUCAUCGACUGCAGCUCAGCAUUUAUUUUUUAAAUAUAUUUUUUUCACCUUUAACCAGGUAGGCUAGUUGAGAACAAGUUCUCAUUUGCAACUGCGACCUGGCCAAGAUAAAACAUAGCAGUGUAAACAGACAACACAGAGUUACACAUGGAGUAAACAAUUAACAAGUCAAUAACACAGUAGAAAAAAAGGGAGUCUAUAUACAUUGUGUGCAAAAGGCAUGAGGAGGUAGGUGUAUAAUUACAAUUUUGCAGAUUAACACUGGAGUGAUAAAUGAUCAGAUGGUCAUGUACAGGUAGAGAUAUUGGUGUGCAAAAGAGCAGAAAAGUAAAUAAAUAAAAACAGUAUGGGGAUGAGGUAGGUAAAAUUGGGUGGGCUAUUUACCGAUAGGCUAUGUACAGCUGCAGCGAUCAGUUAGCUGCUCAGAUAGCAGAUAUUUGAAGUUGGUGAGGGAGAUAAAAGUCUCCAACUUCAGCGAUUUUUUUUUUUUUUUUUUUCUCGUUCCAGUCACAGGUAGCAGAGAACUGGAACGAAAGGCAGCCAAAUGAGGUGUUGGCUUUAGGGAUGAUCAGUGAGAUACACCUGCUGGAGCGCGUGCUACGGGUGGGUGUUGCCAUCAUGACCAAUGAACUGAGAUAAGGCGGAGCUUUACCUAGCAUGGACUUGUAGAUGACCUGGAGCCAGUGGGUCUGGCGACGAAUAUGUAGCGAGGGCCAGCCGACUAGAGCAUACAGGUCGCAGUGGUGGGUGGUAUAAGGUGCUUUAGUGACAAAACGGAUGGCACUGUGAUAAACUGCAUCCAGUUUGCUGAGUAGAGUGUUGAAAGCAAUUUUGUAGAUGACAUCGCCAAAGUCGAGGAUCGGUAGGAUAGUCAGUUUUACUAGGGCAAGUUUGGCGGCGUGAGUGAAGGAGGCUUUGUUGCGGAAUAGAAAGCCGACUCUAGAUUUGAUUUUCGAUUGGAGAUGUUUGAUAUGAGUCUGGAAGGAGAGUUUACAGUCUAGCUACACACCUAGGUACUUAUAGAUGUCCACAUAUUCAAGGUCGGAACCAUCCAAGGUGGUGAUGCUAGUCAGGCGUGCGGGUGCAGGCAGCGAACGGUUGAAAAGCAUGCAUUUGGUUUUACUAGCAUUUAAGAGCAGUUGGAGGCCACGGAAGGAGUGUUGUAUGGCAUUGAAGCUUGUUUGGAGGUUAGAUAGCACAGUGUCCAAGGACGGGCCGGAAGUAUAUAGAAUGGCGUCGUCUGCAUAGAGGUGGAUCAGGGAAUCACCCUCAGCAAGAGCAACAUCAUUGAUAUAUACAGAGAAAAGAGUCGGCCCGAGAAUUGAACCCUGUGGCACCCCCAUAGAGACUGCCAGAGGACCGGACAACAUGCCCUCCGAUUUGACACACUGAACUCUGUCUGCAAAGUAGUUGGUGAACCAGACAAGGCAGUCAUCAGAAAAACUCGAGGCUACUGAGUCUGCCGAUAAGAAUAUGGUGAUUGACAGAGUCGAAAGCCUUGGCACCAUAAUACCCUCCAAACUCGUCAUCAAGCUCAAGACCCUGGGUCUCGACCCCGCUCUGUGCAACUGAGUACUGGACUUCCUGAUGGCCGCCCCCAGGUGGUGAGGGUAGGUAACAAUGUCUCCACCCAGCUGAUCCUCAACACUGGGGCCCCACAAGGGUGCGUUCUGAGCCCUAGCCCUACCCUCUCAGUAAUGGAGAGGGUAGUAAGUUUUAAGUUCCUCGGUGUACACACCACGGACAAAGUGAAUUGGUCCACCCACACAAACAGCGUGGCGAAGAAGGCGCACUUUAAACAAUGCCACUUAAUAUGUUUACACACCCUACAUUACUCAUCUCAUAUGUAUAUACUGUACUCUAUACCAUCUACAGUAUCUUACCUAUGCUGUUCUAUAUCAUCACUCUUUCAUAUAUUUUUAUGUACAUAUUCUUCAUCCUUUACACUUGUGUGUGUAUAAGGUAGUUGUUGUGAAAUUGUUAGGUUAGAUGACUCGUUGGUUAUUAAUGCAUUGUCGGAACUAGAAGCAAAAGCAUUUCGCUACACUCGCAUUAACAUCUGCUAACCAUGUGUAUGUGACAAAUAAAAUUUGGUGGCUCUCUUUUGUUGUCAUGCAAAGACAGACUGACAUGCAUUAAAACGUAUCCAACAUCAAA